AUGUCGGAUCAAAAAUACAAGGAUAUGCAAGAGUUUUUGGAUUCUAUGGAAGACUAUAAUCCAGCUAUUCCGGAUCAAAUAAUUUCAUAUUAUCUUCAACAAUCAGGAUUUAAAACAACAGACAAGAGAGUGCUCCGAUUAGUUUCCCUCUCUGCACAUAAAUUCUUGGCCGAAAUUUGCAAGGAAUCCCACGGAUUUUGUGCUAGAAGAACAGCCAAACAACAAGGAAAGGAACCACGUUAUGUUUUGGCCACUGAGGAUUUAUAUCAUUCAUUGAAAGAUUACGGAAUUAACAUUCAAAAGCCUGAAUAUUAUUCUGACAGUUUAGCCAACGAAUUAGUACAAACUAGAUCAUCUUCAUCUUCAAUGAUGUCAAACAUGCCACCUUCAUCAACACCUCAAAACGGAUCCAAUCCUUCCAAUGAGUAA